AUGUCGUAGUAAAUUCUUCAGGUAAAUAACUUUUGUAAUUAAUAUUCUUUACCUCAUGAAACUUUUUUAUAUGUAGCGAUCACUUUGGAAUGAUGUGAUCUUAUAGUGGCGUUGGUGGACCUCACAAAUCAACUUCAUUUCUCUUUCUAUUUUAAAUAUGUAAGAAGCUUGAAGGAGUAGUAUACACGGAAAUCAAGAAUAAAAGAUAGAAAAAAAGAUGGCAAGUUCAAGCUCUAAUGAAUAUGUUACAGUGGAAGUUGGAGAAGAAUACACAUACCCAUACCCAUCAAAUCUUUCUGCAGCCAGCUUUAUUAGCGUGAAACUGAGUGAUGGAACAUUCGUAAGACCUGCUGAAGCCAGUAGUAGUAGUAGUGUUUCUGGAAAGGAGAAAGUGGGUGGUCAUCAGACUCACUGGCUGUGGACACGAUCAGAUGCCCUUGUGAAGGGUUGGAUUCUUGGCUCCCUCUCUAAAGAAACAUUUGGGUAUGUUCUGGAAGGUCUCACAGGAAAACUUCAUCAAGAAGAUUUCAGUGCAAAAGAUGUUUGGGAUGAACUGCAGAUACUAUAUGCUCCUCAUGCUUCUCCACAACUGCCUGUUGUUGAAGGUACAGAAGAAGAUCAAGAGAGAGCAUCUGAUCUUGUGAAAUUGAACAAUGAUAUUCAACAUGAAAUUUGGAGUUGGGUCGAACAUAUAUUGAAUGUGGGAAGGGUGACAGUGAUAGACAAAAUCACGAAUAAUGGAAACACCGCGCUCCAUGUAGCAGUGGAUGGAAGCACGCUACUUCAUGUCGCUGCUAUUAUUGGCAACACUGAAGCUGCUGACAUCUUGAUGGCAAGGUACCCUGAUUUGUUGUUGACGGAGGACAACGAGGGUCAGACACCACUAGCCUUGGCUCUUUCUAAUAUGCAUAAGGAGACAGCCCGACAUCUUUUGGAGCACAUCAAUUCUGAUACACAGAAGGAUGCUCUGUUUUCUGGCACAACUGGUGAUGACCUUCUAGUUACUCUUAUUUCCUCUAAAGAUUUCUGCUUUGCACAAGAUCUGUUGGGUCAUUACAAAACAUUGCAUACUGAUGCUGUACUGAUGGCUAUAGCUAAAAAUUUCCCAAGCAAAGUCAACCUAUAUGAAAUAUAUGAAGGAUAUAGUGCCCCCAGUUGCACAACCUGUUGCGAUGCAUUAGCUGACAUAUGUGCUCCAUGGAUUUUAAGUUAUAUAAUCGUCCCUUUGCUUUUGGCGAUUCUCGUCAUCCCUGUGUUUUUCGUGUUUAUGCUUGGGAUGUUAGUGUGGGUAUUCAUUAAAGAGAGAGUUGAAACUCAUGAAGGUGCUGUGAACCUGUUGUUGGGUGUAUCUAGUUUGAUAAAGGAAAAUAAACACCCCAGCUCUUACCAUCACUAUUACACAAAUCCAAUUCUUGAAGCCACAAGACAAAAUGCAUACGAGUUUAUACAAAUAAUUAUUUGGAACUUCCCAAAUGCAAUUUUGAGUGCCACCGAAGAUGGUCACAACAUUAUCCAGUAUGCUGUAUUAAAUCGCUCAGAAAAUGUUUACAACCUCCUUUAUCAAAUGAGCGAGCAUCGGAAUAUAUAUCGAACAAUCAGAGACUCUCAUGGUAAUAACCUGUUGCAUCUAGCUGCAAGAUUGGCACCUAACAACAAACUGAAUCUUAUAUCGGGGGCAGCUUUACAGAUACAAAGAGAACUGCAAUGGUUUAAGGAAGUGGAAAGAUUCAUUUGUCCUUUAAGCAUCACACAAAAGAACUCUUUCAACGAAACACCACAAACUGUAUUUACUAGAGAACACAAGGACUUGGUGGUUGAGGGAGAAAAAUGGAUGAAGUCCACUGCAGAGUCCUACACAAUCACCGCUGCAUUAAUCAUCACUAUUGUAUUUGCAGCGGCUAUUACAGUGCCAGGAGGAAGCGAUCAGAGCAACGGGAUACCCAUUUUUACUAAUCGCACCGCCUUCACAGUAUUUGCAAUAUCAGAUGCCAUAUCAUUAUUCUCAGCCGUUACUUCAUUGUUGAUGUUUUUGUCAAUCCUCACUGCGCGUUUUGCUGAACAAGACUUUCUCUACAAGUUGCCUAGAAAGUUGAUAAUUGGUUUGUCCACAUUGUUCAUCUCAACUACAGCCAUGAUAGUAGCUUUUGCUGCAACGUUAUACCUUGUAUUUGGCCAAAGCAACUCAAGGAUUCUUAUUCCAAUAGCUGUCUUGACAUGCCUGCCAAUUACAUCUUUUGUGACCCUCCAGUUCCCUCUCGUCCUAGAUUUGAUGAGUGCUACAUAUGGUCCUAGUAUUUUCGCCCUCCUUCACGGUUUCAAUCUAUACCAACUCAUUGAUGGAACCCAUCUCCUUUCACAACCAAUCACAGCUGCCGACGGAACAGUUACACCUCAUGCCGACUACCCUAAGUGGUUCCAUCAAGACAAAAUACUUUUUGGAGCACUUGUUGGCAGCUUAUCUCCCCAAAUUGUCCCUCUUGUGACAAAUGCUUCGUCAUCUCGAGAAGCAUGGCAAACCCUAAUCGGAACUUAUGCUUCCACUUCACAAGUUGAUGAGCUAGCAAUCCUAGGCAAGAAACUUGAUCAACAAGAUAUGAUUGACGUUGUUAUAAAUGGGCUAGAUCAAUCCACAUAUAAACCCAUUCUAGACGAUGUUCACGCAACAGACUCACCCAUUUCUUUGAAUGAGUUGCAUGAGAAACUCAUCAAUCAUGAAUUAACUCUUGCACAACAAAUCUCUUCACCAAAUCUCCACCAACUUGUCAUAACUUUCUAUGCAAAUCAUCAACCACACCGCAAAUCAUGGCCUACUCGCCAAGGCAAACCCUAA